GGGAGAAAACCCCAAUCGGUUAUCUUCUCCGCUGCACAACCCUUCUUCCCACAGAGGAUCCGGAUCCGGAUCCCAGUUCAUUCGCAUCAAGAAAAAAAAUGAGCCGAUUCCAAUCCCAACGGCGCGUCCAGAUCGACGAUGCCCAAUCCACCCGCUUCGACGACGACGAAACCCUAGAAAACGUCGACGGCGACGACGACUAUCAAGGAAGACAAGGAAGCCUCAAGCUCAGGCCGUCGGGCAGCGACGUGACGGAAGAUCAAGAGCUCUUUAUGGGCGUCAAGGUCCGUAGGAAAGCCUCUCGCUACAGGGAUUAUGUGGGUGACUAUAUCGACGUGCCUUCGCACCCUCACCUCAUUAAGAUUCUUGAUAAACAAGGCGACAAGAAAGUUGUGUUCGCCGAUAGAGUGUUGAAGUUUACUGGCUCAGGGAAGAUGAAACGACGCAUUCUGUUAAUUACUGAUUUUGCGAUUUACAUUGUUGAUCCGGACACAGCUGCUCUGAAAAGACGUAUUGCGCUGGCUGCUCUCGAAAAGCUUUGCUUGAGUGAACUGAGUGAUAACUUUUUUGCAAUGAUCAUUCCAACUGAAUAUGAUAUCCUCAUGGCUAGUACCCGAAAGACUGAAAUUGUAACGGUGUUAGUAGAAGCUCUCAAGAGCACUUCCGAAUAUGAACUCGAGGUGGUGUUAUCCAAUAGUUUCAAGUAUCAUGCUGCUGCUGAUCUGGUGAAGGAAGUCCAAUUUGAUGAAGUUGAAGGUGGUGUUAAAACAAGAAUUUUGCGGAAAUGAGUCGCCCGUUACGCUUGCCAUCCUAUGUUUCAACGAAUGAAUUGCUUACACCCGUCAUAUAAAGUUUGAUUGAUUAUUUCCAUGUCAUGUAUCCGAGUCAUAUAGAGUGUUGUACCUUAUAUUUUCAUCUUCUGUUUGUAUUUUUGUGUCUAAUUGUUUUUUUCUGUAGACACAUUCGAAUACGGAUGUACAAGUUUUGAUUAAUAAGAUGUGUCAGUCGAUAUGAAAGAGUUUACCAUUGCAGAC